AUGGGUUUUACUACCGGUUUUACCGGCGGCGUAACUCUAACCCUCUCCCUAGCCUACCUAACCGUCCUCGCGCACCAACGCAACCGCGCCUCCCAAUCCCUCCACCUCCACCAGCAAUCCUAUAUCCUCACCUCCAUCUUAGAAAAACAGCCGAUUCCGCCUCCGAAAACGCGCGCCGAGCUCGCGCGCGAAGAACGCAGUACGCUUAUUGAAGCGGCGAAGGAUCGCUGGAAUGCAGAGAUUGAAAAUGGAGUGAGAUGGGUUCAGAGGACGGAUUGGGAGGGAGUAAGAGAUGGGAUUGAGGGGGCGGUUAGUAGAGCGCUUGGGUUGGGUUUGGAGAGGGGGAGAGAGGGGAUUGAGAAGGGAGAGGAGGUUGCGGGGGAGAAAUUGAGGGAUUUUAGGGAGGAGGCGAGAGAGGAGGCUAGGAGGGCUGCUACGGGUGCGGUGGCGGGGGUUGAGAGGUCGGUUGCUGGGACAAGGGGGGCCAUCGAUGCUUCUUCGCAGAAAUUAAAAGAGGCCGAAGCUAAAAUCCCUUCGUAUUCUGAAAUUGAAAGGAAAGCGGGAGGAACAGUAGAUACAGCACGCGAAUCGGUCCGUAAUGCAGUUUCUCGAGGUAUCGAAGCCGGUAAGGAUAUUGCCCAGAAAGCCGGUGCAGCGGUAGGAAUUACAGAGCAGAAGACGGCGAGUUCGGAUGUAGAGAGAGCUUUGAGGGAACGUUUUGAGGGGCCCACUCACUUGGAUAAGAGUGUGCAGCAGGCUCUGGAAGAGAGAUAUACACCUAUUGAUCAAAGAGAUAAUAGUACUCUGAGAGGUCUAUGA